AUGUCAGAGGCAGCGGUACUUGCGAAGCUGCUUGAUGCAGCCGCCCGAGGGGCUCAGGCAGGCAUUAGGGGUGGAGAUUCUCCCCAAACCGCAAUACGGGAGCUUUUGGCAUGGCUGGAUCCACUUCUCCCCGCGCUUUGCCACCCCGUUGCCCCUCUAGUGUCUCAGACUCGACUGGGGAAGAAGGCAGCGCUGCUGCGGGAGCAGCGGCAGCGGCAGCUGCUGCUGCAGGAGCAGCAGGAUCUGCCAAAGCUGCGGCAGCAGCUUUGGCAGUUGCUGCAGGCAUACGCAUCCGCCUCCCCAGGCUGUAUUGAGCUCCUGCAGCUUGUGGAUGCAAGCACUGCGGCACUCUUGCGACUGCUGGAAGAGGGCACCAAGGUCGCCCAGCGGGGCCUCCCCGAAGGAGCUAGUCCUGCUGCUGCUGCCCGUAAGAAGCUCCAGCAGCAGCAGCACAUGCAACGGGAUGCAGAGACGGCUGCAGCCGAGGCACUAGCGCAAGCAGCACAAGCAGCAGCACUCCUUGCCUGUGCUGUGGUCAAAGAGGAGAGGCUGGACGCCGUUCCGUGUGCUGCUGCGACUCGACAUGGACUGGCUGCAGCCCUCACGACUCCCACGAGACUCCUGUCUCUGGGGAUGUUGAUGCGUUCCCCUCCUCCUGCGUCCGCCCCCCCCACAGCGCAGCAGCAGCACGCUGUACUACAGCUGUGUCUCUGCCGUUUGGUUUCCUCUGCUGCUGCCUGCACGCCUGCAGCAGCCUGGCGAGUUGCGUGUGCAGUGCAGGGGACUGGAACGGCAGCAGCUGCAGCAUCUUGCCAAGGAACCUCCGGUGGGGGGGGAGGCGAGCGAGAACCUGCGCAGCAUCAUCCGCUGAACACAGCGAUGCAUGCACUGUGCGAGGGGCCUUCAAGGCACCUGCUGGCAAGGCGGAGAAGAAGAAACAACAGCCAGCGAGCUGAGGGUACCCCAGAUAGCGACCAGCGUCCACCUCCUCCUCCAGCUCAGGGAUGCCUGUGUAGCUGCACCACUUGCGUCAAGGAGACAGCCGCGCAACCUGUGCAGGCAGGAGUGGCAUCGGCUGGCGAGACUCAAGCGGCAGACGAAAGGGUUGCACAGACUUACCGUAAGACCAGCUGGAACCGUGCGUGGGGGUCUUUCUCAGUGCGCUGCUGCUGCCUUGCCUGCCGUGAGGAAAUGGAUCCUCUUGGCGUGAGCGCUCGUAUCGGAGCGCAGCGUGAAGCAAGGCGAGGCGCACGCGAUGGCGACUCAGCGAAGAUCACACGGCCGCUGCUGGCGGAGGCUGCUGCUGCAGCAGCUGCUGCGACUGCGCAUGUUCGCCUCGCCGUAAGUACACUGAGAGCUCGCGCUGCUCGGGAGGUCAUAGGGGGAUGCGGGCUUGUGCCCAUUCGGUAUGCUCUUCGGCAGGAGGCCUUGCGUCUGCUUCUGUUGCUUUUGCUGCAUUCGGAUCUCAUCGUUAGCGAGACUUUGCUGCAGCCACGGCGGCAUCUCCAGCAGCUGCAGUCUCACGCAGCAGCGCGUGGGAGCCACAGGGAUUCUGCGAACAGCAGCAGCAGACUCGGAGAUGAUGUGACGUUGCUGCGUUCCGCCGUUCGUGGGCUGCCGCUGGAUAGGGAGCUCGACGCCUUGUGUUUCUUAGCGGGGUUGUCAGAAGCGUUUUUGGCUGCAAGAGCAGCAGGCCGCUUCAGACUCUCUGAGAGCACAGCGAGACAUCUUUGCUUCACCAACGGACCUGGAGGCUUUGCACUCCCUGGCCUGCUUCACGCCUUCACUGCGAGGGAAGAUUUGAAUCAUUUGUUGCAGCCUCUCUUGUGGCGUCGUCCCCCCGAGGGCUCAGAGGCAGCUGCAGCCGUUUAUGCAGGAGAAAGCCACCAGCAGGAGGUGCCUUCUUCCCGUGAAGCUGGGGGGAGCCAGUCUGGCGAGCGUUUCGCCUUCUUCAGCUCGUCCUGGGUAGCGCAGCGCUUCCUCGCGUUUCUGCUGCUGUUGGCAGCUGCUCGCAGCCUCCUGCGCAAGGGGCUGUCUGCUGAGGAUCGUGGGGCGAUCACUGAGUCGGUAGCUCCCAGGAAGGAUGGCAUGGAGCACGAGCGGCCGCUGCUCUCUCUGGCUCUGGCGAUUCGUCCUCUACAACUGCCUCCGCAGCAGGACCUCUUGUUGCAGCUUUUCAAGUCUCAGCCAGCCCUCUUGCCGCCUUUCUUGGCUAGUGCUACUGGACUGUUGUUGAGCCCUCGCCAGUCGUCUACCUUUGCCCUUUCGUGUCUCUUUCUCUGCCGCGUUCUAGAGGCCCCUUGGGUAUUGCCCGUCCAGCAGCAGCAGCAAAUCCUUGAGGCACGGCGCCAACGUCUCCAUCAUGAGCGACAGCCGCAACUGCAGCCACUAGCAACUGCAGACGUACUGCCGGAGCCCUCCCGCCUCUACAGCGCCGCAGGCAGGGGCCUUCUGGGAUUGGCGCUUUGCGAGCACGACUUGAAGUUUUCGACUUCGGAGGCACCACGAGCAGAGUUUCAAGUCGUCUGCUCACAGGAGGCGGAGCAGAUUCCGUACUUCGAAGACCUCGAAGCCAGGAGACUGCAACAUGCGCAGAUGCAGCACAAACGCCAGGAUGUAGAACUGAGCAGACGACGUAUCAUUGCUGUUGCAGGGGCAUACGUAGCCUCCCCUGCCCUGCUGUUGCGUCAGCACCUGUCUCAGUGUCUUCUGCAACCGGAUGUUCGAACAGCCUUCUGCGGCGUUGCUCUUCUGCGGGCAUGCUGCAAGGCCCUACGCUGCAUGCAUGGAGCCCUCAGCGCACACCCCGAUUUGCAGCGGCUUCUCUUGGCUGAAGUAGGCCCUCGCCUCCCAGACGCGAAGACUCUAGUCAACUCCUUGCUGCGGCUGCUCCAACAAGAGAAGCAUGCGGGUACGCAGCAGCUUAGCGGCUCGAAGAAAGGAGGACAUGCUCAAGCAACUCCCCCCGCAGCCGCUCACCAGGAAGAACUCUGGUUAUCGGACGAGGCCCUAUCCAGAGCUGCAGCAGCCUCUGCAGCUGCUGCUGCCAAGGAGAAGCAGAAACAAGAAGUGGAGCGUGCCCGGCGAGGCUCCGGAGAGGCCGACGACAGUGAAAAUGAUGAACUAGAGAUUCAUGUUGAUGGCAUUGAGGAGGCUACCGCAGAUGCAGAGUGUGAGGAUUCGUGUAGUGAAGAGGAGGACUCCCCUGAAGCGGAUUCAACGACUUUGUGUGCAGCCUCCCGUGGUGUAGUCGCGGAGCACCUUAUGCAGCUUUUCGCACAGUUGACAUCGCUUAGGACCAGUGCAGGGGCUCCCCAUGCAGACGCCGGAGGGCAUAGCAGUGUGGCUGCCAAAGAUGGUGUCUCUUCGACCUUCUUUCUGUUGCUCCUGGGGUGGAUGGAAGUUGCGGAAGCCUAUCAGGAGCUGAUGACUCCAUCGUUUCCUCUUGAUUGGGGCAAGUUGCUCUGCACGUGGAAGCCCGUAGAUUCCGAAGAUCAAAGGAGCACUCUCUGCUGCAGGUCACGAAACAUUGCAAAGUCCAUCAUCCGUCUGGGGGUACAGGCACGGGGAGGAGUAGGAGCAUGGGGGCGCGAGAUAGCUGCAGGUGGUGCUGUGUCAAAGCAGCAGCAGCUGGUACUUCUCCACCUCUUGCUGCAGUGGCAUCGGGAUGCACAGGGAAGCCGUCAGUGUCUCCUGAGUCCAUGCCAGAAGAAUGGGAGCCCAGACAAUGACACUUCGGCUGCAGUCAUUUCUGACGAGCCUCUUCAGAACCUGCUAGGGUUUAUGCACACGAGCGGCCUCUUCAGCCUCGAUCCUGCUGGGGCUUUCGGAGUGGAUGAAGCUGCUGUGUGGCUCACGGCGUUGGAAGAAUCUUCCUGCUUUCGUUGCAGCGCGCUCUACUUUGUGGGGGUGUUGCGCCUCGCUAGUGAGCGUCGGUUGGCUCUGUUGCCCUAUGUUGUUGCGCCCUACACCCGUGAAGGCGGAGACGAGACUGCGGCGCAGGAAGAAGCAGCGUGGCUUCUCUCACCCUUUUCUGCAGCCCUUCUGGCUCACCUCUCUGUGACCCCUCGUUGCAACAAUGGGCGAGCGCUCUUUAUCGAUUUGCCGUCCUUCGGCGUGUCGGCCCCUGCAGAGAGUUGUUGGGGAUGCGCCUUUAAGCACUCGGCGGAACUUUGCGCUGAGGCAGUCGUGCAGUGGGCAGUCAGCGGACUCAUGAAGUGCUGCAUCUUACGUCCUGCAAUGCGGCAUCCGCUUCUCACGUGGCUGCAACAGGAGGGCUCCUGGCGUGUUAUCGGCUGUGCACUGAACAUGCCGCGCGAGCAGAAUGCGGAGGGGGGAACGCAAGCCGAUUCUGCGGCGUUUGUGGAGGCAGCCCGCGCUGCUGCUGCUCAGCAUCCCCAGAGCAAAGCGGUCAAUCGGCUUCGCAAGCGGCUCUUGCGGUUUCUUGCGGUGCGGCGUGCAGAGUGUUCUGUUGACACCAAUAAAGUCGCUGCGCACUCAGCCCCACAGACGACCCUCGAGGAGCAGUUGGAGCAUCUUGCGGGAUUGCAUCAGCUGGCAACGAACUCGGCACCUCUCCUGGCCCCUCUCCAUGAGGUAGCACCCGAGACUCUGCUCUGGGGAUGUGCUGCCCGCUUGCCUGGCGCUGCGUCUCCAGCAAGAGACCACGUGGCUCUCGCAGAGAGGACGAAUUUGCUAGGGCUCCUGGGGGCAUUUACGCGGAACCUCGAGGAGCUGCAGGAGCUAGGAGGCCUUAAAGAUUCGCAGCUACCACACGGUAACCUUCAAGGAACCGAUGCGCUGACCAGCGGCAGGUUGCCUGCCGUUCUGCGGCAAGUGGAAGCUGUGAGCUGGCAGCUCAGAAACAAGGCUCUACGGGAACGUCGUUGUGUCUCAGAUGCCGGUCUAGGUGCAGACAACCCGUGUGCAGCUGUGAUUGCCAGUGCGGGGAGACCUCUAGGGCGAUUACUUCGCCAAGCCACCACGGCGCUUCAGCGUCUUGCAUUGACCGCCUCACUGCCUCAGUGCGCCGAUCAUGCGGAACCCCCUGCAUCGCACAGCACGCGUGAAACGGCCUUCCGAAAAACAGCAGCCGACGACGAGGCCCUCUUGCACUGGGGAGAGAUAGGGGCUACCUUGUGUUGCCACAUUGCAAGCCUCUGUGAAACAUUUUCUGCUGGAGGGAUCCCCGACUGCUCCGUACCUUCGAAACUGCGGCUGCUUCGUCGUAUCGUGAUGUUUUUUGUAGCCCUCGCCGGUGUGCAAGAUGCAGUUGAACGGAAAGGCCGCCCUUCAGUCAGCUUCGCGGGCUGCAUGCAACGCCUAAGGCUCUGCCCAGUAUUUGCUGACACGCGCUCGCAAGCCUUACCACAGGUAUCUGAGCUGCAACUGGAGAGGGAGUUCUGCGAGAUGGACCCGGUUCAAGAACUCUUGCGCUGCCUUCUGAAGCGUGUUGCAGUGGCAACAAAGCAACUGGUGGAUGAAAAGGAGCGCCCUCUGUUGCUACUGGCUUGCGAGUCAGUGCUAGGCGGAAAGGACUCCCCCUGUCUAUCAACAGUCGGCAGUCCAUUGGGAGGCGCGUCAGAUCAGGUACACCUGAGAUGGCUGCUGCCCCUCCUCGAAUUCUGGGCGCUCGCAGGUGUGUCUGACCAGUCAGUGGGAUUAGAAGACGCGAUCCAAGGCUUUACCAGGGCCGAAGGGGAGUGCGCCAUCUCGCUGUUGGUAGGAGCGUGCGGCGAAUCCCCAGAGCGUAACAACGGAUCCAUUUCGACAGCCACCCUUGUUCAGAGGCUGGAGGCGCUACACCCUCCCGACGCCGCUCUGCGUCUUUACGACUCUUUGAGUGUAUUAUCGGAACAGCUUCUUGCUGACCAGAAGGGUGCUAGAGUGAAGGAGACGCAACAUUCAAUCGACGCAAGCCCUUCCGUUCUCUUGCCAUCAACGAGCGCCCUGCUCAGAGCGGCCACGCACGUGAUGCUGUGUCUUGCCUUGCAGUGCAGUCCAGCGGCGAACUUGCGAAGUGGCGGUGAAGAUGACACAAAUUCAGAAGGACAGGGCAUCUUGCUUGUAUUUAGGCCUAGUCUCAUCAAUGCCUUCCGUGCUUCCUGGGAGCGGAAUCGUAGCCUUCGUUCUGCAUGCAUGCGCAUGCUAGCAUCGGAGGAUGUCAAGGGAGAUCAUGCCACCAGUGUGUCGCUGCAUCCAGCAGUACGUCUCGCUCUUCUGCUGCAGUGGCGGGAGCCACUGCAAAACUUGCCCUCCGCAUUUUAUCCUUCGCUAGUUUCUGAACUCCAGCAGUUUCAGGAGGAGGGGCCCCAGAAGCCUACAAUCAGUGCUGCUCCGAAGCGACGCAAGAGGGCUGCCUCUGAACACCGAACAGAGAUUAUUCCUGCCUCCAGAACGUGGGCUGCUGAAGUGCUGGAGGCACUCAAGCUUUCUGCGUAUGCACGUGACAGUAGGGGAGCAGCCGGCAAGCGCAUCAGAACGAGGGCUUUGCAGUGGCAGAUAGCGGCGGCGUUUUUGGUGGCUGGAUGGGGAAACGAGGAGCCGAACGCUCUGACUGAAGAUGCUCCAGGAAGAUGGGCAGAGGGGGUGCAGCGAUUUCUCGCUGGCCUCUGCAUGCAGCAGCCAUCAGGAAGCGACUGCGGGAUGCGUCUUGGAAUGCAAUUGGCGCGCACUCUCGAGGAGCUUGCAGGGAGUCUUGAGGAGCCCUUCAUGAUUACAGAUGGGUGGCCUGUAGAUGGAUGGGCUCGGUAUCACGCGGCUGCCAUCGCUCUGCAUGCAGCACAGCGGGCUGGAGCCGAUUCGUGCAUAUAUACCCACUCCCUUGCAGCCGGCCGGACUGGGAUAGGAGGGGUUCUAAAGGAUCUCAAGACGGAACUUAUGGAGCUGCAGGAAGCACUCCAAGGAAUAGGCUCGUUGCAUGACGCUGGGUAUGGUGGAGGCGAGGAGGAGAGCGCAGUUGCGGCGGCUGCUGAUUUGGCGUAUUGUCUUGGAGUAAUGAACCGCGCCGCUCAGCUAGGUCGAGUUGUGGUAGCUGCGAUACAAAUGGGGGUUGCUUCAGAGGCUGGCCUGACGAAGGACCAACGGCAGUGUUUUAAGGCUCUAAGGCCUAAGGCUCAAGCGGUUAUGUGCGGCUUCUUAGAUGCACUGGGCCAGUCUCCACCAACUGCCGCCGUUCACACCGGCGCUGAGGCACUUGGGAAAUUCCCGCGAAGCGAAAGGACCGAUGAUUCCUCCCCGGCGAGUCUGAACGUCGACAUCCUGAUUGUGCAGUCAUCAGUUGAUCUUUUUCUCCCUGCUGUGCAGCUUGCAAUGGCGGCAGCGGCUUUGGAUCCUUCCCCUACCCAGGCAAAAUCCAGCGGUAAACGGAUCGCCAGGCAAGCGCUUUUAUCGACGGCGCUCGCGGAAGUUGGACAAGCCGCAAACCUUGCGAUUCGGCGAGCACUGUCCACUCCGACUGGCGAUGGUUCGAGUGCGACUGCAAGUAUAACUGCGUCUAUGAUGCCUCUUCUGGAAUAUCUAGGUGCGUGUCUCCUUCCAGCCGCCAACGCACAGCUGGCGCAGGCGGAGGACCAGCAUGCCGCGGAUGCGCAACAAGCCGAAGAAGAGCCUUAUUGCUUGCUCUCGGAUGCAUGCCCCGCGUUGUUUGAGGCUAUCACGAACUUAUGCGGAGCGUCCACGUCUUACGCAGAUAGCAUUUUAUGCCGCAUACUCCUGCUGGAUAGUGGUUUUGCCUACAUGGGGGCGUCGAACGCGGAAGCAGACGACAGCGAAGGCCGGCAACUGCCUGCUGAGGCGGCAGGGGAAUCUUCGGGCAGCUAUGAUGUUUUCUCGAACACCUACAUGUGGAUGACACACUUGCCAGACUUCCUAGAGGUUGCAAGCGAGACACGCGCAGAUAUUUAUUCCUCCACAGAUAGUCCGACUGUUUUCUGCCGUCUGCGGGGUCCAUGCGAUUGGCUCGCCCUCGAUCCGCGCCGCAUGAAUGAUACACUCGAUAACUUUGGCUUCCAUACGAGGGCUCCAACUCGAGAUUACCGGCCAGCUCGCUCUCUAACAUUCGCGGCGACUUCAGAGCGACAUCGGUUGCUGGAAGCAGCCCUCAAGGCGCGCUGCAGUGUUUCGGAAUCUGGCGAUGGCGAUGAGGAGCAGUCGAGCAGCGCUGGGGGGAGCCAGCAUGCAACGGUUCGGAAGGACCGCCUCCUGAGGAAUCUGAACGGCUUAGCAAAUGCAUCCGAGGAGGACGUAUUGCGGGGCACGACGGCUGUCAGCAGUGCUUACGACGUGGUCUACGUUAUUCCGUAUCUUGCUGGACGCCUCAUGAGGGCCUUUUUUGUGCUGUUGUGGCGAUGGCAGAGGCAGCUUGAGGAGGAACAGGCACUGCAGCAGCAGGUGCACUCGCAUCUGGGUGAAGAAGAAUCAAGUGUCACACGUGCGGCUCGGAUCGCCAUGGAGCGUAAACGGCCAGUGUGCGUUGCCGAGCAGGCGCGAAGGGCCUGUGGUGUAGCGGGGGCGUGGCUGCGUUCACUGGAAGCGAACACGACAAAUCACGAUGCGACAGAGUCUGCGAAGGAGGAGGAAGCAAGCCAAGCCAGUGGAGGUGCUGUCUGUGAAUCUAGUCCGAUUUGUGAGGGUCAAAGCUCGGAGGCGGUAGCGUCUGAGGGGCCUGCUACAAAGAGGCGUAGGGAAGACGUGUGGGAGAUGAACGAAUUUAGACCACAGGAGAUUCAGCUUGCUGUCACGCGCGUGAGCACAUUCUUGAAGGCUUCUAGACGUGUAGGGCGUUUGUGGAGGCCCUUCGAUUCCGGUGCGAGUGGGACAGAAGAAGGGCAUUCCACUGACGUAGAGCUAGCUAGGAGCCUCGACGCUUGGGGUUCUUGUAUAGAUGACGGGGAUCAAUGGCUCAGCAGUUUUGCCAGUGGCGGAGGCUUGCAACUGCUCGUUAUGGCCCUAGGCUGCCCAGAUAAAUCCACACGCGAGGCAGCGGCGCAUGGGCUUGCCAUCUACACCCAUUUACUGCAGCUAUCGGCAGACCGGUCGCUGUUAUCCUAUUUUGCAGAUGUCCAUGAGUUCAAUAUGCAAAGCAGAAAGCGUUCUGGGAAUAGUGCCGCACAUACACCGAAGAGGCGCGACUUGCAGCAGCGCCACAAGUCCGCAACGUUUGCUUUUCGAGAAGUAAAGCAGCUGCUAACACUUCUACGCUCUUUAAUGUCGUCCAUUCAGGUUCUCCAGCAGCAGGGAGAUGCGGAGGGUGGAAGCAUUCCACCACGAGAAACUGACGCAAUCCAGGCUACCUCGCCGCUCGUAUGCAGCUUCGCGGCAUCAGUGGUGCCGUUUCUCUUUGUCCCAGAUCAUCCGUUGUACCCCAUCCUGAACUACGCCCUUCUAAAGCAUUCGGCUCUGUCCUUGUUGGUGCACGAGCCAUGCAUGCCUUUAACGCUGGCAGCCCUGCGCCAACCGUUAUUAGGAUCGGACGGAAUCUUCUCACGGUUGAUACUGUCUCCCUUGGCCGCAAGCUGUGCCCAUCAAAGAGCCUUCUUACUAACUGUGCUUAAGAGGGCAAUGGCAGUGUCUCAGUGCCUCGACGACGGUACCAUCUCGCUAAGUGCUAGACUUAAGGCGCACAAUACGACUCAGGCAGUCGUGCCGCCUCCUGCAGUACUGUCUCUUUCCGCGCUGCCCGUGCUGGCUUUGCCCACUCAGAAGUUGGCCUUGGGUUGGAGCGCGGUAGAGGCUCUCCUGAUUGCAACAGCAGCACCACCGUGUCUUUCCGCAUGCUGCUGGUGGUAUCCGCAUGCGGCCUUUAGAGCAAUGGCCAUGCAAGACGUCUCAAGUUUUCUUACAUCUGAAAGCGAAGAAGGCACAUGGAGUAACGGUGCCCAUCUGCCGCUCGCCACAGUAAAUGCCCAACAUCUGCUGCAGCGCUUCGGUCUUUUAGAGUGGCUUGAGGCUCAAAUUGAGGCAACCAUGGAAUGGUUCAUGACAGAGGCUGGACCCCAAAGUAUGAAAUCGACCUCAACGACAGCUCAUUAUUCAGAGUUCAUGGGCCAGGCCGUACCUCCACCUCCACACAGAUCAAAGGUGUUUCGCGACUACGGUUUCCCCCAAUGUGAAGAGGAAUGUAUCAGUCCCGUGAAGCCCCCACGCAGUGCAAGCGCUGAACCCUAUGAUCGAUUGGAUACAACAAAGUGGCUGCCAGUUUUGAAGAAUUGCACCAGGCUCAUGUGGUCUGUGCUUGCGGCUGCCACCUUGGCUCCACCGCUGCUUGAUGUCACUGUGACAGAUGCUUGCCAGUGGGACAAAGUCGCCUGCUUUACUUCUCAGCAAGCUUUCGAGAGGGAAACACAUGUCACGUGCAGAUCUAUAACGCCAACUGGCACUGCGACAAGGGAUGAGAUGCCAUUCAUCGAUCUACCAGGCCCUUGGGGUCUACUUUCGACUACAGCUUCGUGGCCGCCAAAAGACGACAAGGCAGAAAUUCGCUUGCUCAACGCAGCAAUCAUACGCGCGCGACAUCAACUCUUCGGUUUGCGUCAACGGGCUGGUCGCAAUCCAAGCGAAGAUGCAGGCUCGUGUCGUGGAGGCGUUACAGGGUGUACUCGGGCAAGCAGCGCUUAUGAGCCGCAAUCCCAGGCUGCCCGCCAAUUACAACUAAAUCUAUUGCAGGGGAUACAGAGGCUUGCGCGUACGUGGUUUGCAUUCGUAGCUGCAGCAGGUGUAAUUGUACGGGAAUAUGACGGCAUCAGCAUAGCGGAUGGGGCAUGUAAAAGCAAUCCGUCAUUGGUGGCAGACGUCCACCACGCGUCAGUAGCCUGUCUAUCGGCACUGUGGGCUGUGGCUUCCUGUAGUCAAUCCAUCGGCCUGUUCUUCCAUCCCUCAGGCUCUGGUGACUCUGCAGAUUCCUUUGAGCAACUGCAGCGCCUGCAGGCCAGUGCGUGCUGCUCCGACGUCGUGCGACUUUGCGGGUGGGCAGCAACCCUGCAAGGCGCUACGCGGCGCAGGGACAGCUCGUGUGCAGGCUAUCAAGAGUACAUGAAUGUGUCUGCAUCCUAUCUAGUGAGGAAUCUAGUGCUGGAUGCUUUGUGUCAUGGUCCUUCGAGAUCUAAGGAUCCUGGCCGCCACUGGUCAGGGCAUGACGCGGCAAGCAGGAGACGCUCUGUGCUGCUCGCGCUACUCCAGAUAAAGGAGUUUUGCGGAGCAGAUGAUGGCCUGCAAGAUGUCAUUUCAGUUGCAGCUGGUCUUUGA